GACUCUGCGACGUCAAGAAUCGAACAAGUGUCAGUCCUACAUCUAUAACCCAGAUAGCCAGAUAGCCAGAUCGAAAAGCUGCUUCAUACCUAUCGUAUCAUCGAGAGCAAACUGAUUCGAAUAUAGCGUGACCUAUUGGCGCAAACCAGGAAUUCGUGUAGAAAGAUCGGUCAAGACCUAUAACCCGCUUCAUUUUUCUGAUCACGAAAAUAGACAUCUUCGAUGGCGACCACUCGUAAAGUUCUCAUGUUGCACGGGUACGCUCAAAGUGCGACGAUCUUCAGCAAAAGGAUGGGCGCGCUCCGCAAGACAUGCGGCAAGGAUGUGGAACUCGUGUUCGUCGAUGCGCCUUACGUACUCACUCCCGUGGACAUGGCGUACUUGAGCACGCUCUCGAACAACUCGUCACUUGAGGACCUCGGGGCCCCAGAGGCAGUAAAAGAACAGGAUCCUGCACUGGCACCGCGCGGAUGGUGGAAGGCGGAGGCUGACCGGAAUCUGGCACGCGGGUUAGAUGAUUCGCUCGCUGCAUUGAGAGACAUCCUAGCGAAGGACCACUAUGAGGGAGUAUUUGGUUUCAGCCAGGGAGCAGCGAUGGCUGCUAUCCUCGCUGCUCUUCUAGAAAGGCCGCAAGCGCAUCCGCCCUUCUUGAUUGAUGGAAAGCCACCGCAUCCUCCUUUGGGAUUCUGCAUCGCGGUAGCGGGAUUCCGACCUCGCAGCCCGCUCGCUGACACGAUAUUCUCACCCUCGUACUCCACGCCAACGCUGCACGUCCUGGGGAGGACCGACGUCAUCGUUGUCGAGGAACGAUCGAAGACUCUCAUAGAUAUCUCAGACAACAAACGCGUCGUGCAUCAUGAUGGCGGGCAUUUCGUUCCGUCCAAGGCUCCUUGGCGCAACUUCUUACGAAGCUACAUGAAGGAUCCUCUGGGGGAUAUCCCAGCCCCAGGGCCGGCGGCGGCAUCUCAGAAUGCUUCGGGAAUCUCGACCCCAAUAACGCCCGAGAACGGCACGGAGAACGCUUCAUAAGACCAUACAAAGCUUUAAACGGCCUCAGACUUUUGCUAAAUAGAAACUGAUGGAUUGGUGCCGCGGAUCCGUGGGCAUGCACGCCCAUCUUUGCUAGCUUAUCAUGAUAGAAGCAUAUUGACUUGGACUUGUGCGUCCACCUCCAAUCGGCGUCGUGCCAGCUUUCUUCUAGACGCAUCGGCAGCGCGGUAGUAGGCUCCUUCCCAUCCGCUUUCGAAGUAAACGUAUCUGAGGACGUUACGUACCAAAUCCUAGUAGCUAGAUUCAGACGCAAAUACUCGAUCGUGUCAACGUGCUCUCCUUCGUAGACCAUGAACUUCCGCAGUCUCUUUCUUUCAGUGGCUCUGAGUAAAUAUCUCUCAUUCAUGACGCACACAUCGCCCUUCUCACUUGCC